AUGGCUGAUGAGGUAACACACAUUUGCAAACGCACUGUCGUUAGCACAAAGCCAGUGCAACCAGGAAAAUUCCACCCAUUAUCAGUUCUUGAUCGCCUUAUGGAGCAAAACCACCUGAGGAUUGUGUAUUAUUUUCAAACUCCAAAAGGAAGGAAGCCUGGAGAAAUAUCCAAGAAGUUGAGAGAAUCCAUGUCUGAAAUGCUCACUUGUUUUCCGACAGUGACUGGAAGGUUGCUGAAAGAUGAACAAGGACAUUGGAUGAUCAAGUGUAAUGACGCAGGAACAAGAUUGGUGGAAGCUAGAGCUCAGGGAAGCGUAGAGGAGUGGCUGCAAAUUGUAGACAGAGAGAAGGAGCUCAAGCUUAUUCAUUGGGAAGAAAUGUUUCAUAAGCCUUACUUUUGGUCCACCUUCUAUGUUCAGGUGACAGAAUUUGAAGAAGGUGGAUUAUCAAUUGGCUUGAGCUGCUCCCACCUUCUAGCUGAUCCCACUUGUGCCACAAUGUUCAUCAAGGCCUGGGCUGACACAACCUUAUUUGGAAAAAUCACUAAUCCUCCUUUUUUCCACCCAUUGCCUCCUCGGAAACCUGCCAACAAAAACCCCAACCACCAGCCUUACACCCACUUGAUCAACUACUACAAUUCCAUUGCACAGAAUCCAAAUUCGGUCACUUCAACAAGAUAUGCAACCAUAGCUCUAGCUUUCCCAGAUUCCAUGGUCCGAGCCUGCAUAGCCAUGGCUCGAACCACUACCACACCUGACCACCCAGACCCAUCACCCUUCCAGGCACUAGCUGGGCUCUUUUGGGCUUGCAUAAGCAAGGCUAAGGGAAGAAGAAAUGGGCUCACUGAUAUGUGUUUGUGUUUGGAUAUGAGACAUGUGUUGGGCCUAGACAAAGGGUUCUUCGGCAAUUGCAUGGUUUAUAAUAAGGUCCAUGCAGACUCUUCAGAAGAUGACAAUUCGUUAAUAAAUGCAACACAUGCUAUUGAAGAAGUAAUGACAAAGAUGGACACUGAUGGGAUCAUGGAUUUGAUCGAGUGGCUGACAACUAAAGAUUGCAAAUCUAAUCCUAUGAUGAACGGUUGUGAUCUGAUUUGUUAUAGAUUGGAUGAAGUGAAUCCAUAUUUGGCUGUAUUUGAAGAUGGUUAUGAAGCUGUUGGUGUUUCUUAUCAUGUGGAACCAGCAGGUGGAGCCGGUCAGGUUUUGGUCCUACCAUGGGGCCGGAGUGAGGGGGAAAUGAGCAGGGUGGUCAUGGUUACGCUCCCAAAGGAUGAGGUGGUUAGAUUAUGUGAUGAUGAGCUUAUUCUACGGUUCUCCCCAACCAUUUUCAUGGGACGCAAUAAAGGGAAUACAUCGCAUUCGCAGGUUUAA